ACCUAAGGGCUCAAACUUGCCGAAAGUGGGAGCACACGCGGUUGAAAGCUUCACUCCAAAUUAUAUAUUGCGAUGAUGGAUCGUUCUCAACAUCACAAUCGACCGGAAGUGGCGCCUGAACUGCCAUAAUGAAGCAAGUAGUGUUUUUCGUUGGAUUCGUCACGGCUUUUGCCAUUUGUGCGACACUUCAAAAAUCUAACAGUGUAGCGUUCGACGAUGAGUAUGUAAUUGAUUUCUCCUUUUUGGGGGAAGAAGUUUACAAUCCGGAACAUCUGAGGAAUAGAACCAAACGAGCGCUUCCGGAAGAUGUUGAUGCUGAAGGUGAAGGUGUGAUAUCCGUCGCUAACGAUACGUUGAUCGACGUUGAUGACGAACAGUAUCCUGAACAGCAAGGAAGGUACGCCGAGGGCGAUAUCUAUCAACCGGUGCUUCCACGAGGUGCAGUCAAGUUCGAAUCGAAGCUCUGGGCCGACGGUGUCGUUCCUUACGUGAUUAGUAUUGCUUUCGGAUUCAUCACAAGAUGGAAGAUCAAGGACGCGAUGUACGAUUUCCACCAGCAGACCUGCAUUCGGUUUGUUCCGAAAACGAACGAGAUGGAUUACCUAUCGAUCGAGCGGUCCCCGUCCGGAUGUUGGUCCACGAUUGGCCGAACCGGGGGCAAACAGGUCCUCAAUUUGCAGGGUCCCUGCCUGAAGAGCCGCGGAACGGUCCUGCACGAGUUGAUGCAUGCGCUAGGCUUUUUGCACGAACAUUCGCGCCAGGAUCGGGACGAGUUCGUGCGGAUAAACUUCAAGAACGUGCGACCGGAUGCGGUAAAAAAUUUCGAAAACAAAGACCGUGCCGACCCACUGGGGAGCAGAUACGACUUUGGCAGCGUGAUGCACUACCCGGUGACGGCCUUCAGUGUCAAUGGAAAGCCGACCAUCGAACCAAAGGUAAACUAUACGGGAAAAAUCGGUCAACGCGAAAGACUCUCUCGCAAGGAUGUGGAAGCAAUCAACAGAAUGUACUGUUAAAGCUAAUGACAACUCACUUGCUACCUGGUCAUGGACGAAUGGUUA